AUGAACGAAACCAAAAAUCAAGCUACGGAACAAAUACCACAGCAAUUACAACGCGAAGUAUUGAAAAAGAAAAAGAAGAAAAGUCGUGGACAUCGACGAUUACAACGUUUUCAUCGGAAAUUGCGUGAACAAUGUAUACAAUUAUCUAUCAACGAAGAGCUAUCAGCAGCUAAUGUAAAUAUGAAACCAAAAGAGUCAACAAUUACUAAAUCAAUCGUUGAUGGAACAACCUUAUCAAUGGAAAUAUUAUUAUCAUAUUGGUUCGACAAGGAAUAUUUGGCAUGGUCGUCAAAAUCUCUUAUUGAACAACGUUUGAAACAAAUUCAAAAACAUAUGGAAACAACAAAAAGUGCGAUUGAACAAUUUGAACAUGAUAUUUUAUUGAAGUGUGACAAUACUGAUGAUUGUAUAUAUGCAAUGAAGGAGUUAUAUUUAAUUCUGAGUCAAUUAGUACAGGAGAAGCAGCAAAUUAUCUUAGCAAGACGUAUAUGGAAAGCUGCAAAAGAACAAUUGAUAGUUAAACAAGAGAUUGCUUUGCUACAAUAUCGGCUUCUAUCAACAUCAUUCCAAUAUAAAUCAGUAUCUAAUUUAGUUCAUGAAAUGAUCGACAAUAUCGGUACUAAUAUAAAAACUUUGAAUGAAACUGUGGAAAUGUCUUCAUCCAAUGACUGUUUAUCAAAUGAAAUCGAGAGAUUGAAAUCAUCGAAGAACGAUAUUAUUUAUCAUGCAAUUUUAACUCUUGACAAAAAAUUGGAAAUUUGA